AUGGGAGAGCUAAUCGAUGAGUUAGAAAGCACUGAAGUUAUAGAAUCUCCAGGUAAUAACGAAACUGUAAUUAAAGGUGUGUCAAGCAUGGAACUGACGUCUAAUUUACCACGUAUUAAAAUUCCGUCGUUUGAUGGUAAUUAUCUGCACUGGUACGCAUUUAAGGAUUUAUUCACGUCAGUUGUAUCAAAUAACGUUGCAUUGUCUAAUACACAGAAACUUCAAUAUUUAAAAGAUGCGUUAGUGUUGGACGCUCAACACGCCCUAGACAACAUUACUACAACAGAUGCACAUUGGGCAGUAGCAUGGAGUUUACUCGUCCGCAAGUAUGAGAACAAGAGGAUCAUUCUUAAUGCGUAUUUAAAACAAAUUGUUAAUUUAACAACGGUGUCUGAUGGUUUACCAAAUAGUUUACGCUUGUUAUGUGACACCAUCACGUCAGCUGUGCGUGCGUUAGAGCAAUUGGGUCGUCCAGUGCAGCAUUGGGACGAUUGGUUGGUCUUUACCCUUCUCCAAAAAUUAGACACGAAAACACGCUCAGCUUGGGAGCUGUCAACAACCAGUUUAGAACAAAUUCCAAAAUUUGAGGAGCUGGUCAGUUUCUUAGAAAAUCGAAUACAUUCGCUGGAGGUAGUUAAUAGCAUGACCGAUAACUCUAAUCAGGAGAAAAAGUUUGUAACACCUAUCAGAACAAAGGGGUUCGUGAAAAGCCAUCAUACCACUGUUCAACAAUGCGUGCAUUGUCAAGGUAAGCAUUUACUGGCAUAUUGCGCAGAAUUUCGGCAAAUGACUGGGACAAAGAGAUAUGAGGUAGUCAGAUCUGCAAGAUUGUGUUUCAAUUGUUUGAGAACGGGACACAUGGGUCAUAAUUGUCCAUCGAAAUAUCGGUGUCUGCGAUGUAAUGCAGCGCAUCAUACAUUACUACAUGACCAUAGUGGAAGUGGUGGAGAAACUAAUUACUCAAAUAUACCGGAAAAGACCACUGAAGCGACUAAGAAAUACGCUGUCACAUCAAAUAAUACAUACAUUUCCAGUGCUAAUCAAGGUGCUCGAACUUUACAUCUACAGACUGUUUUAAUUGGCACUGCAUUGAUAGAGGUAAGGAGUCCUUCUGGUCAGAAGCUUAUUGUGCGAGCUCUUUUGGAUAGCGCGUCGGAAGCAACGUUUGUCAGCGAAUUCAUCGUGCAGCGGUUAAAACUGGACAAAACAAAUGUCAUAGUGCCGGUGAGUGGUGCAAAUGGUGAAAGGGUCGCCAAUUCAAGAGGAAUGGUUUCAUUUACAAUCCAUUCGUUAAAAUCCGAUUUCAACAUGAAUUGUGUUGCACUAAUACUUCCACGAGUGGGUAGCGUUACCCCAACCAUUCCCAUACCGAAAGAAGCGCUUGGUGAGUUCAUGAAUUUAGAUUUAGCUGAUCCUCAAUUACAGGUUCCGGGGGCAGUCGAUAUGAUUUUGAGCGCUUCAGAUUAUGCUGCUAUUGUCUAUGAGCGACUAAAACGGCAUCCAACUAACAAUAUUGUUGCCCAAUAUACGCAACUCGGUUGGGUAAUUUUUGGUGGACUGUCGCGACGAAAGGCUAUUUCAGUGAAAGGACAAGUUAAUUGCUGUCAUACUCGGGCAACAUUGCACGAAAUGCUACAUAAAUUUUGGGAAUUGGAAGAAAUAACAAACCACGUUCCGUUAACAAAAGAUGAAAUGUACUGUGAAGAUUUUUUUGAGCGUACAACUGUACGCAACGCAACGGGUCGAUAUGUAGUUAGACUACCAAUCCAGCAGAAAGCUGACUUGGCAACACUUAAGUCAAGUAAACUAAAUGCACUUGCAUUAUUAAACAGCACGUUACAGCGAUUAACCCGAGAUCCGGAUAUGUACAAACUCUACCAAGAUUUCAUGGACGAAUAUCAGACCUGUGGCCAUAUGGAAGUGGUGCCACACUCGUAUGAUGUAGCUUCAACAUGUUAUCUUCCUCACCAUGGUGUCUAUAAAGCAUCGAGUUCUACAACGAAGCUUCGCGUAGUCUUCAAUGCUUCUAAUAAAUGUUUGAGCGGAAUAUCUCUUAAUGAUUGUCUGCAUAUAGGUCCCAGAUUACAAAAUGAUCUAUCAAAUAUCAUCUUGCAAUGGCGGCAUUACCCUAUAGUGUUUACAGGAGAUAUCGAGAAAAUGUACAGGCAAAUUCUUGUUGAUAGCAAAGAUGUGGAUUUGCAACGAAUAAUGUGGCGCGUUCGACACGGGGACGCCCCUACAACGUUCCGGUUGCUCACUGUAACAUAUGGGACUAAUUGUGCUCCAUAUCUUGCCAUCAAAGUAUUGCGUACUCUGGCAAAAGAGGAGCAAACUCGUUUUCCACGGGCAGCUGAAUCGAUUCUAAAUGAAUUUUACAUUGAUGACGUACUAUCAGGUGGAGACACUCCAAUCGAAGCUGCAGAAAAAUUGCACGAACUUCAGGAGCUUCUAGCAACUGCAGGCUUCACUUUACGUAAAUUUAAUUCGAAUUCAAAUGACGUUUUAAGCACUCUGACUGAGGACGUAAAAGCUCACGCCGACGAUGUGGAAAUUAACACCGAGUAUAAAACUAAGACACUUGGUCUUACUUGGUAUACAAAAUCCGACAGUUUUGGUUACAACGUCAAU